AAUUGUUCCAAAUUCAAAUUAUUUUUGAUAUAAAUUUUAAUGCGAACAAGAAAUUUCAAAAACAGAAAGAACCAAAAAUUUCACAGCCGGUUUCCAAUUAAUUUAUUCAUUUGAUAAGGGUUAUAAUUAACUGCAACGCUGGCGCUUAAAACGUCCGCCAAAAUGGCCACUAACCAACAAAUGGAAGUGGAUGACACGGAUAACGAAGAGUUUCAAGACACCGAGGAAUUCUCCGAUGAGGCGCCAUCUAGCAGCAUCAACCACUCACAAUCAAAACGUUUCGCGGUGAAAAAGUGGCAAGCGCAGGCGCUGUGGUCGUGGGACGUAGCCGUAGAGAAUUGUGCCAUCUGCCGCAAUCAAAUUAUGGAUCUCUGUAUAGAGUGUCAGGCGAACCCGCUAUGCUCCAACACAAGAGAGGAGUGCACCGUGGCGUGGGGCACGUGUAAUCACGCCUUUCACUUCCACUGUAUCUCGCGCUGGCUCAAAACCCGACAGGUUUGCCCAUUAGAUAACAAGGAGUGGGAUUAUCAGAAGUAUGGCCGUUAGCUAAUGACGCAACGCACAUAAUCACACAAUCUGCCCACGAAAGGAACUAUGAGCAUCGAUGGAGUGUAGUGUAAAUUUGUAUUACCUCCAGUACGUCCGUUUUACAGCGUUUUGCGAGAACAGUCUAUUUUCUAAACUUUUUUAAAUGCAAACAUUUGUAUUUUCGGUUUACCUUAACAAAUGCUAAUUCAUGAAUAUAUCUACAUACAUAAACUAUAUUACCGCGUAAA